ACUAACAGACCAAUGGGCGACCUGUACUCUCGACCAAUUGCUGUCCAAUAGCAUCGACGAGGCCAAUGGAUCAUACCUCCCUUGGCAAACGAUGGAAUAUAUGGUCCUUGGAGGAGAAUAAAUGCAAAGAAGAUAGAAUGCAUGUGCGGCGAGGAGAGCCGGGCGAGCAAUGGCUCUUGCGCAGCUAAACUCAUACCAUGGAAACUAUUACGGACGCGUCUCCAUGAAUUUCCAUUGACAGAUUUGAUAUUGGGUAGUCAGUUCCUUCCCUCGCUCGCCACUGUCAACAACGAGAACGGCCAAACCGCCACACGAGUUGGAGUUCUUCAGUGUAGACGCUGUGCAACAAGUUUCAUUCAGGUGAGAGAGGCUUUGUCCCAUUACCGUCUGCAUGUGUUUGAGACUCACAAGGAACACUUCACUGUUGUGGUUGGAGGUUCCUGUCCACGUCCAGGCUGUGCACUAGGCGGGGAAAAAAUACCGAUUAUCCAUUUCCACUGUGCUUAUUGCAUCUUUACAUCCACUGAGAUAAUGGAUCUUCCUUUGCACAUGGAGAAGCGCCAUCUCGCGUUUUACAGGGAGGUCAGCUUGGUCCUGCGAGGAGAUGAUGUCCAGCGCACGAAGGUUUAUUCUUGUGGAGAAUGUGGUAAGAAAAUCCAAGGAACUGUCUCUAUAGUCCAGCAUCUCUUAGCACAUGACAGUGACACGCAGAAAGCCUCUGUAGUGAAGUACAAGUCUCUUGUGAAUGGUAGUGAGUGUAAAGACAGUGAACAGGUAGUGGUGAAUGGUGAUAGCAAAAGUGACAGUUACAAUGUGGACAGAGUUCACCCAAGCCUGCUGAUUCCAGAGUGCGGUCUCCAAAAUGGAACGGCAGAGGAAAAGCACAGUGUAGAGGAAAACUCUUGUCCAAACGGGUUAAGCCCUGCCAUGACGGAUAUAAGAAAUGUGCAAUUUAUAGCUGCUUCUACUAGUCAUAGGUUUGAAAAUCAUGUGAUUCCAAUGUUGAACAAUGUAGAACAAGGGAUGAUAAUCCAGAAUGGGAACCUUGAAGGGGACAGCCCUGAUAGUGAGAGAGCUGCAGAUAGGAUGGACUGUGAAGAGCCUCCUAUGGAGCCAGUGGAAAUAAACCCACUGGAUCUGUUGACAACUGUGAUCGAGGAGGAUCAGAAGAGCGAGAACCCCAUCUUCCCUGCAGAACACUUCCUGCUCAGUCUUCCAACUCCAACGCACUUCCUGGACAGCGAGGGUGGCAGUGGGAGCACUGGGGGUGGUCAGGAUGACUCUGCUGAUGGCUUCCAGGACUGCAAUGAUAAUGAAGAUGAGAACAGCAAUGAUGGCAUGAAUGACAUCCCUAGUGAUAUCCUGCUUGACCACCCUGGAGUCUACCCCUGUGACAAGUGUGGUGAGGCCUUCAAGUACCAGUACCUGCUUACCUCUCACAAGCGCCAGGCCCACAACAGCCUCAACAUCCCGUUCCAGUGCCAAGUGUGCAACAUGGAGUUCGAAGUCUUGCAGGAGCUUAAGAGGCAUAUGAUGACCCACUCUGGUGCGCUUGGCUACACCUGCAAUAUGUGUGGCCAGGGCUUCCCCGACCGGCCGUCCCUCAAGACGCACACACUUUCUCAUGGGUUGUCAACAGAAAGGUCUAACAAAUGUGAAUCAUGUACAAUGGAGUUCCCCUCAAAGUCAGAGUUGACACGGCACAUUGUCAAGUACCAAGGGACAUGUAACCCAAAUAAGAACGAGAGCGUGCGGUGCGCCACAUGUGGGGAGGACCUGCCAACCUUAGAAGCCCUGAAGGACCACAGGCGGACAGCUCAUCCUACGCCUGAGGUUGCUCCUGGCUCAGGCAAGAAAGGCUUUGAGUGUGACUAUUGCGGCAAGACCUUCAACUGCCGGUCCAACCUGCGGGACCAUCUGGUGGUCCAUACCGGUGAGAAGCCAUACCCCUGUGAUAUUUGCGGCAAGACCUUUAGCUUCAUUCACAACAUGAAAACCCACCGACUCACACACAAUGAGGGACGGAACGAGGUCUGCCCCUAUUGUGAUAAGGCCUACAAGAGCAAGAUCUCACUCUACUAUCACAUGAAGAAAGGCAAUUGCCGUGGACUCUCAACGAAAGAGGUACCAGAGGGCUACCACCGCUGCACCGAGUGCCUCCAGAUGUUCGCAAGUGAGGAGAGGUACCGAGCUCACAAGGACAAGGGCCACUGCCAGGUGUCACACCGGUGCCAGCACUGCGGCCUUAGGUGCUCCACUGAGCUGCGUCUCCAGAACCACCUGCAGAAGGGCCUCUGUCAGAAGAAGGAUACACCCUCCUCCAGCCCCAAUGAAGGGAGUUCUAAGAAGCGUCGCUCAGAGAAACGAGAGCGUGAGAGGAACCAAGAGGAAAUCGUAUGUGACAGAUGCAACUAUACCAAAGAUUGUUGCUGUACAUUUUCCUGCAAGCACUGUGCCAAGCGCAUCUUCUCCAUCAUGGCAUAUACCCUACACUCAGAAAGAACAUGCCCCGUCCUUAAGCAAAGGCGUGAGCGUAUUCGUAUGGCUAUCAUGGAGAAGAGACGCCGCAGGGAAGAGUAUAUAAAUGAGGCUACCAGUGAUUUACCUGACACUGCAUUCUCCUUCACGAGCGCAUAUCAGCUUCACGCAGGACUCCUGAGUGGCAGCACGAGUAGCAGUGAAUCUAGUAGCAGAAGGAUGUCUUCAGAUCUGGCCAAGUCAAAGGAUGAAAGUAAAGAGAAGGGUGCAGACAAUGACUCUAAACCAGUGGAGGAGGAUGGUGAUGAUAGCAACUCUGGCAGUCUGACAGAUUUGUCAACUUUCACUACCCCCAAUAUACUUCAGCCAGUCACAAAUGCCUCGGUCGAGUGACAGAUGUCCAAGCGUCGUAUAAGCUUAAGGUAUAACCGGUUUUGCUCAGCCUAACUAGGAACAGUUUAUAUGCCAAAGCAAGAUGCGACUGUCAUUACAACCCCCUGAGACUGAGGCCAGGAACACUGCACUCUGCCUUGGUUGUGACUGAAAGUGAAUGCCAAGAAAACACUCUUGGAUGAGUGCUUCAAUAAGACAGCAGCUGUCAAGAGUACCAUCCCAGAAUACACUGUACCAACUAAUUCAAGCUAGAAGACAUAGAUAACUGCAUCCAGUUGUGACUGAAAUGGCCUCAUAGUCAUAAACAGCCAGCUACAGUUGCUGUUUUAAUACCCACAGUAUACAUAACUGAUCACUUUGUCCACUUUAGAAUACAACUAGUCAGUGUUACCCAUCCAAGGCAUAGCAAGUCAUUCUCACCUGGAAUGCAAUUGGUUGUUGCUCCUUCUGAAACCACAGGUGUCCACUGUGCGCAUUCCAGACAAAGGCAGUAACUCAACUCACUAUUAGAAGUUCUGAAAUUAGUCCAGUAAUCUCAGACAGCAAAGGUUAUGAAAAAUUGAUACCUCUUUUGAAAAAAUCACGUUCAAGACAAAUAACUUCUGUGAUCCAAUUUAGGACUUUUAAGGAGUACUGAUCAAUAGGCAUUAAACAUGCAUGGUGGAUAUAUCAUGGAAAAAACGAAUGUGAUGUAGGCUAUAGAGA